AUGGAGGGAAAGGAGGAAAAGCACCAACAGCACAAAAUAGAAGAUGAUGGUCUAGUGUACGUAACUAAAAAAGAAGAAAUCAAACAAGGACAAACCGGAAAAAGCAUGCAACAGCCAACAGCUUGUGUCCGGAGAGGACGUGUCACUUAUGCCAAAUUCAUUAACACAAAUACAAGAACAUUAAAUGAACCAAUUCCCUACAUAGAUCCAAAACAAGGGCCCGAAGUGCAGAGCGAUUGGUGGCCAUGUGUUGAGUCACCGGCGUGUGGAGUCCAACCACCUUAUGAUAUUCAGAGUACCCAGAGGACUGACUUCCAAAAACCAACAGGUCAACUGCUUUUUCCAGCCAAACACAACAGGCUGCAAAAGCCUUCUUGUGGAAUAGCUCCACUUGUCUGUGAGGAUUCAACAGAACUUCCAAACAAUUUUAGAGAACGCAUCUCUUUUAUUCACAAAUAUGAUUCCAGGAGAACUCCCAAUGAGCCCAGCUGGGGCAAGAGACAUGGAACUUUUGUGCAUACAGAGCUGAAACCAGGGAAUACAAUAGUUCCAAAGGUAACGGAGGUAUUACUGAGUACUUUGGGGUCAUGGUCAUCAAAAUGGUCCAAAAUAACAAAGAAAGUCAAUUCAGCAGGAAGCAGAGUGGCUUCAGCAGGUCUCUGCAGACAGAAUUCCCAAGAGCUGAAAGACUUGAAAACUCACUUAUCAGAAGUAGACAGCAGACAGAGAUAGCCAAGAAAUUCCCCCAGGAGCCCGAGUGAGGGGAGGAGAUCGAAGGCGUGCUUCCAGCAACUGCAGGACACGCUCUUCUCAUCAGGCUUCAGCCUUCCAACCCGCCAAUGAAAAAUCAGGAUGUCCCUCUUCAUGGAUAAACCUGACCUGUGGUGAUGGCUGUAACCAGAAGAUACUCACUGGGGCAGUGGGCUUGCAGUGCCCACUGGAGUAAAAGAGCCAAAGAAAGUCAGCCAGAUCUCACCCUACUGUGAAUGUGUGUUCACACACCUCACCAGAAGAGCUGCCACAGCUUGGCCAUUUGUACUGAGGCCCAGGAUGCAGUGAGACUCAGUGUCCUAGACCCAGAUGUCCCUUCCUUUUCGCCUGGUUUUGGGCAUGAGUCUAGGAGAUGCAUGAACAACCAUUCUGGGGCCUGGAGGCUGUCUGUGUUUAACCCUCCUGGUUAGACUUGCCAUUGUGAGGCACAAAUGUCACUCCACAGGACUAUCCUGGGUUAGUGGAGAUAAUAUUGAUUAGGAUUAGCAAGGACAGACAACCAGUAGCCAUUCCUGGAGAAAUCCCAGCUCCACAGCCUUGUAGCCCCCAGAGUUUAUUUGGGGAGCUAGGCCUUCAUCUAAGCUAGUUCAAAAGGAGUUAUAAACAAGAUUCGCAAAUAGAAAGUGAGUGUGGUGAUU